CGCACUGACGCACCAAGUUCAGCACCAAAACAAGCUCUGAGACGCGCACACACAACGAAGUGACCAUUGUGGAGUACAGUACCAUGCAAGGAGGGGACGCCUGCUGACAGAGAGAAGCAGGGCUUGGAUAUUGGUCUUCCCUCGCCUUUGGAUAACUUGGAGAUUGGGAACGCUUUCUCUGGACGCUUUUAACGCACACCUACAAGGAGCUACGGAGAACUCCCUGGGAGUGAAGAAGGAUUUAUACCUGUUUUAGAGAUUUUUUUUUCUCUCCAUUUGUUUACCUUGGUGUAAAUACUUUGGAAUAGCAAGGCUUUUCUGCUUUAUUGGCUGGUGACGCGGCUGCCCUGGAGAAGCGAGAAGGAUGGCAGCCUGGUUCACCUUUACCAUCGCAUUCAGCACCACGUUGAUAACACAGGUAUUUGGAACCGGUGUUUUUGAGCUUGAUCUCCACGAAUUUAAAAAUCACAAAGGUUUGCUGGCAAACGGAAACGCAUGCAAACCCAACUGUAGGACUUAUUUCAGAAUUUGCUUGAAGAACUACCAGGCUGUGGUCUCGCCAGGUAACUGCAUCUUUGGAAGUACAAUGACACCAGUGCUGGGGACAAACUCUUUCAGCGCCAAGGACAGUGGCACUUUACCUAGACCGAUUCAAAUACCGUUCAGCUUCGGGUGGCCGGGGUCAUUUUCUUUAAUAAUUGAAGCCUGGCAUUCACCUUAUGGAAAUCUACCUGUAGAUACCAACAACCCAGAAUUUCUGAUUAGCCUUUUCGCCAUCCAAAGACAGCUAGGUGUAGGGACUGACUGGUCUCAGGAUACAAAGUCCGGGAAGGAGACAGAGCUCAAGUAUUCUUACCGGUUCAUCUGCAAUGAAAGUUACUACGGAGAAAGUUGCUCCAAAAAAUGCACACCAAGGGACGACCGAUUUGGCCACUACACCUGCACCCGAGACGGGCUGUUGUCCUGUCUGCCUGGAUGGAAGGGGAAAUACUGCGAAGAACCUAUCUGUCUGGAGGGUUGCAGCGAGAGAAAUGGGAACUGCUCCAAACCUGGCGAGUGUGUGUGCAGAGACGGCUGGCAAGGCCCAUUCUGUGAUGAGUGUAAGAAGUACCCGGCCUGCAAGCACGGUACCUGCCAGCUGCCAUGGCAGUGUAACUGUCAAGAGGGCUGGGGAGGCCUAUUAUGUGACCAAGACCUGAACUUCUGCACCCAUCACCAUCCCUGCGUGAAUGGCGCCACCUGUAUGAACACAGGCCAGGGCAGCUAUACGUGUACAUGCCUGCCAGGUUUCACAGGGGUCAACUGUGAGCUGGAGAUGCAGGAGUGUGACAGCAACCCCUGCAGGAAUGGCGGGAAAUGCACAAAUCUAGAGAGCGGCUACAUGUGCGAGUGUGUACAUGGUUUCGAGGGUUCCCACUGUGAGCACAGCCUGCUGACGUGCGCUGAUUCACCCUGUUUCCACAGUGGCAAAUGCUGGGAGAAGGACAAUGGCCGCAGCUACAUGUGCGAGUGUCCCCGCGGUUACACUGGACUCAACUGCGAGAAGAGAGUGGACAAGUGCACGUCGCUUCCCUGUGCUAAUGGUGGUCUGUGCCUGAUCCACGGUGGUAUUCGUGUGUGCAGCUGUCGUGCAGGAUUUACCGGCCAGCGCUGUGAGAUCAACAUUAAUGAGUGCGCCGGUAACCCCUGCAUUAAUGGAGGCACCUGCCUAGACCGAAUCAACGAUUACACCUGCGCCUGUCCUGCAGGCUAUGGUGGACGCAACUGUGACAGAGUCCUGGACGAGUGCUCCCUUCAUCCCUGCCAAAAUGGGGGUAUUUGCACUGGAGGCGGUGGACCAGGCAACCCCCCAGCCACCUGUAUCUGUACUUCUGGCUUUACCGGGUCGAAAUGCGAGUUCUUUUCCGCCGUGACCUUACCAGUGGGAGACAUUCAAGAUGGCUUCCAGUGGGCAGCAGUUUCUCUGGCUGUGGGGCUGGUGGCGUUGCUCAUGCUGUUGUGUAUGGUGGGCUUGGCUUUGAGGCACAUCCACAGGCAGGCCCAGAGGGAGAGGGGAGACACAGAGACUAUGAACAACUUGUCAAACGUUCAGAGGGAUAACCUGAUCCCAGCAUCCCAACUGAAAAACACCAACCAGAAAAUUGGCCUGGAGGUAGACUGUGAUUCAGAGAAAUCAAACUUUAUCCAUAAAAACUAUCACUUGGACUCUUACAACUCUAAAUCAAAGGAGUUCAAGGAUGAGAAGUCACAAGAAGACAAAAGUCAUAUUUACGACAAGUGUUUAGAAGACAAAAUGCCCUUGAGUAGAGUCUACAGUGAAAAGCCAGAGUGUAGGAUAUCAACGAUAUGUUCCUCAAGAGACUCCAUGUACCAGUCGGUAUUUGUUAUAGGGGAGGAGAGGAGCGAAUGCGUCAUAGCAACUGAGGUAUAAACUGAGGGGUCUGAAAGUGAAGGAACGAAAAAAAAAGACACAAUCGAGGCAGAAUAUAAUAUUCUGGAUUGUUUACAAAUACUGAGAAGAGACUGGAGAUUGUUUUAGAUGUCCACUGCUGCUCUGGAACACUUGAGAACUGGAGAGGGCAGAACUUUUGCUCUUCAAAAAGAACAGAACUGAGAAACUCUAUGUUGACCGAGUGUUUGUAUGCAAAACAUGUACAGUGAAGGACCUCUCUCAGUUGUGACAAUGGCUAAAUGGACUGGCGUAAAGACUGACUACACAGGGUGUGGAGACUGACAGAGCAUCGGCAAAAUAUUCAUUUGUAAUCUCAGCCAUCCUGGACAGUGAAAGGAGGUGGAGGUGGUUUAAUGCUCCUCACAUCUGCCCCAGCCUUGUAUGAUAAUCAUGAUGACUUUGACAGCCAACCAAUCAGUAAAAAAAGGUGCCUAAGAUUUGACAACCCUCCAAAUCCCCCUUACACUCACUCCUGCCAGCUUCGCCUGCUAUGCAAGACUCAGGGUCGAGACGAGUGAACUCACCCACCGUCAAAACUCCAACCUCACAAACACUGAGAGUAACGAAUGUCUGAAAAUAAUCUUCAACUUUCAAUCACGUGAAAACAACUGGUUGGACUUUUCCAUGCAACGGUGAAGAUUGUAUGCAGCCCAAAUUCACUAGAAGCCUUAAAAGUGGGGGUUUUGAAUGCUAAAUUUGUGCCCUUGUCUGUUCUUGGAUCAUUUGCACUACAAAAAAAAGAAAAGAAAAAAAAAACAGCGGGGAAAAUACUUUUUAAUCAACAGGGAUUUGAAGAGAAAACCACAGGAGCAAACUAGUCAGUGCUGUGCCAGCAGGAUCCAAGAGAAAGGAAAAGUGUGCAUAGAAAGUGUUUUUAUGCAACCCAACUGAGGAAAGCAAAGAGACUUGACACAAGGAGAAAAGACUGUCACACCACUGCCUGCCUAUAAUAAAUUUCAAAACUACAGAACCAAUAAUGUAAUUUUUUAAAAAUGAUUAUUUCCAGAGUUUAAUUUAAAUAUGACACAUUGUUCUUUAUAUGUUUUAUAAUAUUAUUUUGUAUAUAAUGCAUAUUUAUAUGGACCAAACUUCUGAAGAAUAAAACUUCCUUGAAAACA